AAAAAAACCAAAACGACAAAAAAAACACUGGAAAAAAUAUUAUUAAAAAGACCGCCAAAUCCUUUUGUUUUUUUUUUCUUUUUUCAUCUCUUCGUUUGUUUCUCGAGAAAAUAUACACUCCCGGAUUCCGUGAAGUUAAUCGAGUUGCCGGCGUUGCUUUGAGGAAGGUAUCGAAGCAUGACGUCAGGGACGAGAAUGCCGACGUGGAAGGAGAGGGAGAACAACAAGCGGAGAGAAAGGAGGAGGAGGGCGAUCGCGGCGAAGAUCUUCGCGGGUUUGCGAAUGUACGGAAACUACAAGCUACCGAAGCACUGCGACAACAACGAGGUCUUGAAAGCACUCUGUAACGAAGCCGGUUGGACCGUCGAAGAAGACGGCACCACUUACAGAAAGGGAUGUAAACCAGUGGAUCGUAUGGACAUAAUGGGAGGUUCUGCAUCAGCUAGUCCAUGCUCAUCAUAUCACCCAAGCCCUGGUUCAUCUUCCUUCCCAAGUCCAGCCUCAUCCCAUUACACGGCCAAUGCCAAUGGCAAUGCUGAUGCCAAUUCCCUAAUCCCUUGGCUCAAAAACCUUUCUUCUGGUUCAUCUUCAGCUUCAUCCAAGCUCGCUCACCAUCUCUUCAUCGCAGGUGGUUCCAUAAGUGCUCCUGUCACUCCACCACUUAGCUCUCCAACUUCCAGAACUCCUCGAACCAGAAGUGAUUGGGAUGAAAUGAACGCUGGCCCAACUUGCACGGGGAAGCGCUUUUCUUACCUGCCUGCAUCCACUCCACCAAGUCCAAGCCGUCAGGUUUUUCCUGAUCCAGGUUGGCUUUCCAGACUUGAAAUACCCCAAAGUGGGCCAACAUCUCCUACGUUUAGCCUUGUCUCCCGAAACCCGUUUGGAUUUAAAGACGAGGCCUUAUCAGGAGGAGGUUCACGAAUGUGGACUCCAGGGCAGAGUGGCACAUGCUCACCCGCCUUUCCUGCAGGCGUUGAUCAAACAUCAGAUGUUCCCAUGUCUGAUGCUAUUGCUGCCGAGUUUGCCUUUGGCAGUAACAUGACAGGGUUAGUGAAGCCUUGGGAAGGAGAAAAGAUCCACGAGGAAUGUGUAGCUAAUGAUCUCGAACUUACACUUGGAAAUUCAAAAACCAGAUAGAGCUUCAUAAAGAGAAUGAGCAUCACAUCAAGCAAACACUAUCAGAAAGAGGGCGAGAAUAUAAUUAUCCAUGGGACUUCAUUAAAGCUUCGUCAUUUAGAUCGGAAGUUAAAAAUUUUCAAAUCAAAAUCUGAGAUUUCUAUGUUUCGGUCAGGCAACAAAUUUUCGAGUUAGUACGAUGACUAGAAGAAGCACCUAUUCCAAUCUCCAACCCCAUUAAUCUCUUUUCAAGCAAAAGAGAAUAGCUCUAAUUCCUAUGAAUUUGCCUCUUUUAAGUGCAUGCACUUCAUUCCUCUAUUUUUCAUAUUCCGUCUUCUCCAAGUUAGCAAACAGCAUCAACAAUGGUACUGGCUGAUUUGUAUGAUUGUGGCUUUCUGAUUGAAAAAAGUGGUUUUUGACUGUCUGAAUUCUUACAUAUUUGCUUAUGAAAUGACCUUUUUCCUUUUUA